CUAAGUGCAGUUUUCACAUUUCUCACAUGAGCAGGAACUUCAGUUGGUCAGAAAAGAAAGGCACAAAGUAUGCAGAACCGGAGAUGGACUGAACCACUGAGGACUUCUUUAGAGGCCGGGGCUCCUGUUCAUUACUGCCCGUAAUUCAUCUCGACCACAGACGCCGGCCGUCCUCUUAUACAAGUCGGUUCAGUAACACCACCCCACAGCAGCGGGUUGGAGCAUGAACUCCUCAGACAGCUGCGACAGGCCAGUGAGGGAAGUGGCUUCAGUGUCUCAGUGCCCCCCACUGCGGGAGUUGGUUUGGUCCAGUGUGGUGUAGAAAGUCCCUGCUGAGUGUGUGCCUGACUCAGAGCUGGACUGAACUGAGCUGACAGCUAAUAAAUUCUGCUCCAGGAGCUCAGAGAAUGUGAAAUCCUACCAGAAUCGUCCACAGCGAGGGCAGUUUUAUGCAGCUGGACUGGAGGCCGGUCUGAAUCUCUCCACCCGGGUGCAGCGUUAAUGCAGGGGAGCUCUGUGUGCUGGAGAGUGAAUGAGAGUCAUUUAGGGUUUAGUGAAGGGAACACACACGGGUCAGAAUGGGAUCUGCUCCAGAGCUUUUCUUCUACAUUGAAAUGAAUGGAGCCGGCGGGGCUGGAACAGAGAACUCAGCCGCUGACCAGCCGGCAGUGAAGGAAGCGCCGCCAACCCCGACUUUGGAGGACGCUGAGUGGUACUGGGGCGACAUAUCCAGGGAGAAGGCCAGCGAGAAGCUGAGCGGUUUACCUGACGGAGCGUUUCUGGUGCGGGACGCCUCCAACAGAGUCCCAGGACAAUACACACUAACACUCAGGAAGGAUAACUGCACCAGGCUGGUUCGGAUCCUCCAUUGGGACGGGCUGUUUGGUUUCUGUGAGCCGCUGACCUUCAUCUCCGUGCCUGACCUCAUCGCCCAUCACCAGCAGCACACGCUGGCCCACUAUAACCCCACGCUGGAUGUUACGCUGACCCUCCCCAUCUCACGCUACACACAGUCACAGGAGACGUCAGACCAGUGUGAUGAUGAUGUGUACGACAGCUGUGCAGAGAUACGGCAGGAAAUGCACCAGAGGAAGAUUCUGGAGACCUCCACAGAAGAUCAGUGUGGCCUACAGGGCUCUGCAGAGGAGAAAGAACAGCAGGAGCUCAAAGAGAGACUGUGUGUGGAGGAUGAACAGCGCUGUGAGGAUGAUGGUGAUGGAGGUGAUGAAGGUGUACGGUGUCUGGAGGAGGCCAGUUGGUUUGUGGGUAAUCUGUCACGAGCUGAAGCGGAGGAGCUGCUGGAGGGAAAACCUUCUGGAGCAUUCCUCAUCAGGAGCAGCAGCAGCAAGAAGGACUGUUACGCCUGCUCUGUAGUGGUGAACGAGGAGGUCCGGCACUGCAUGAUCCUCCACACUCCCCGUGGUUUCGGCUUCGCUGAGCCGUACGACCUGCACGGCUCUCUGAAGGCGCUGGUGCAGCACUAUCACCGGACAUCACUCGCACAACACAACCGCGCUCUGGACGUCCGGCUCGCCUUCCCCGUACACACUCCGCACACGGCACACACACCGUCUGUACCCAGCUAAACCCCCCGCAGAUACAUUACUGUUCAAACGCCCACAAUCACUCAUUCCAUACAUCACCGUUUUAUAUACGACAGGAUCUAAUACAGAGUAAGCCUCUCAGAUUAGACGCCAGAUCAGAUUUUUAUCCUGUGUGCUUUUAUUCAAUCCUUCAACAAACAAAUAAUGUACUGUCUUAUAUUUAUAUAUCAGGACUCAAUCAUCAUUUGAGCGGAGCUUCAUUCUGGAUAUUCAUUUAUUAGAACUUUCUCGGUGCUCUACAGCUUUCUCUCUCAUUUUACAGUCUUCUCCAGCUCUCUCCGUCAUUCUGAACGGCAGUUCUACGUUAUUAUUUACAGCUCACUGGUUAUUCUAAACCCAUGAUGUUUCUAAUGUUAGAAUGAUUACGUACCUUUAUGUGUGAUAAAGCUGGUUUAGUGUAAUUGGACGCAGUGAAUCUGAGCGUUUGACCAGUAGUGCACUGCAGUCGUCACCACCGUCAGCCGACACAAGCUGCACAUGCUGAAGGCCAGUGUGAGGACUGUGUUCACUUUUGCACUUUUCUGAAGGGACGCUGUUCAACAGACCACCACGCCAUUCCAUGGACCACCAUACAGUUACACAGACCACACCACCACUCCACAGAUCACCACACCGUUCCACAAACCACCAUACUCUUCUUCAGACCACUGCACUGUUCUACAGACCACCACACCAUCUCACAGACUUCCACACCCUUUUAUAGACCACACUUCUCCACAGACCACCACACCAUCCCACAGAUUUCCACACCCUUUUAUAGACCACACUUCUCCACAGACCACCACCCCGUUACACAGACCAUCACACCAUCCCACAGACCACCACCCCAUUACAAAGACCACCACACCGUCCCACAGAUCACCACACCAUUCCACAAACUAACACACUUCUUCAGACCACUACACCAUUCCACAAACCACCACACCAUCUCACAGACCUCCACACCCUUUUAUAGACAGUACUUCUCCACAGAUCACCACUACCACACCUUUCCAUAGGCCCCCUUACCAUUCCUCAGACCACCUCACCAUUCCACAUUGUUCCACAGACCACCUCACCAUUCCACACUGUUCCUCAGAGCACCUCAUUAUUCUACAACGUUCAUCUGAUCACCACACUGCUCCACAGACACCACACUGUUCCACAGACCACCUCACCUUUUCACAGACCAUCACAGACUCCAACGAGACCAACUUACAAUUCUACACUGUUCCACAGACCACCAGAUCUUCCCACAGACCACAUCACCAUUCCACAACGUUCUUCUGAUCACCACUCUGAUCACCUCACAAUUCUAAACUGUUCCACAGACCACCACAUCCUUUCAUAGACCGCACUGUUCCACAGUUCACCACACCAUUUCACAUGUUCCACAGACCACCACAUAACUACACAGACCACCACAACAUUGCACAGACCACCACUCUAUCUCACAGAGCGCCACACCACUCCACAGACCACCACGCUGCGCUCUCUGAGCUUCAGGAGGGGAUCUGAGUCUGCGUCUGACGUGUUUACAGGCGCUACAGCUCUGACUGACAGAGCGCGCCGCUUUAUACUAAAGGAAAAUCAAUGAUUCUGCAGUUCCAGUCAAUCAGUUUUAGUUUCAUUCGUUUUUCUCUAAUCUUCCAUAUUUUUGAAUAAUAUUCAAAACAUCAAACAUGCAAAAAAUUAUGGAUGAGCAGAUGGAAAUUCUGAUUUUGGAUCAGUUCCACGUCCAGCACAUCCGCAGAUGCUGAAGCAUUUCUCAAAUGUAUAAAUUGGGAUUAAAUCUUUCUGAACUACGGAAAAAUAGAAACGGUGACAGACUUCCUUUUUCAAGUCAACUUGAAUUUAAGUCAAACUUCUGCACAGCGUUCUUCAUUUAUCAGCUUAGUUUCAUCAGAAGCUUCCAUAGCUCAAUAAGAAGCACAUCCAUUUACUGGCUUAGCCCAGAUUGAAACACACGGAACCGACAUCCUAGCAGCUGAAAAUCUCGAGACACAAAUUAUACCAUUAGAAAUUCAGUGGCCUUGGAAUUUCAAGGUCAACCAGGUCAUUAUCUCACAGUUAGACCUGCGUCGUUUUUUAAAGGGUACUUCACUUUUUAGAGCUGAACUGACUUCCAGUGUUUUACAGUGCAGCGUCUUCACGUUUACGCUUCUUUUUAAAGCAGUCAUGUUAUAAAAAGGUCUAAAACCACAAGUUUCCUCCGAGAAAUGUCACAAAUAAAAGCUCAUUGUUUCCGUUUGUGUUAGAAUCAGAUUUAGAGCUCUGAGAUCAGCAGAUCUGAAAAACCUUCAGAGGAGCUGCAGAACUGGUGCUUGCUCCCUUUAAAGACUGAUGUUAUUGCUCACUGAUUAUGUUCAGGGUUAAAGGCUCUCGGCUUCGGGACGAUUUUAGCUCACAUCUCAUAUUUAACUCAAGCCCAUUUAGACCACUGAGACAUACAGACGCCUUCCCAUAAUCAUGACUGAGUAUAUCAUAUUUAUGACUUACUUUCUCAUAGUAAUGAGAUGAGAUCUCAUAAUUAUGAUGCGAUGUGUCAAAAUGACUACUUAGGAUCUCAAGAUGACGUCAUAUAUUAUGAAAAUGAGAUACUAUAGAAUAAUUAUCACUUAUUAUGUGAUAGUAAGGAGAUCCUAUGACUUAGCAUCUCAUAAUUAUGACUUGGUAUCUCACAACAAGAACUUUGUUCGCUGUAAAUUAUGAGUCAGUCUCAUUUUAUAACUUGUUAUCCUGUGAUGAGAUUUAAUCUCAUGAUUAUGGUAUAGUAUUAUUAUUAUUAUGACUUAAUAUCACAGAAUUAUGACUUAUUAUGUCACUAAUAUGACUUGUAUCUCAUAAUUAUGACUUAUUGUAUCAUUAUUUUGACUAAGUAUCUCAUAUUUAUGAUUUAGCAUCUUUUAUGAUAUACUUUUCUUAUAGUGAUGUAGUGAGGCAUGACAACUUUCUUUAGUUAUAAAUAUGACAAUCUCAUUAUUAUGACUUACUAUCUCAAAAAAUGGCAUCAGUCAUAACUAUGAGACAAUAAGUCAUAAUGAUGAGACACUAAGUCAAAAUAAUGAGAUACAAAGUCAUAAUAGUUCAACAGAAAGUCAUACUUAUGCGAUAGUGAGUCAAAUGAAUGAGAUACCAAGUCAAAUAAGAUACGAAGCCAUAAUAAAGAGAUGCAAAGUCAUAAUAAUGAGAUAUUAAGUCAUAAUUAUGAGACACUAAGUUCUAAUUUUGCUGUACAGCCUUUUCUUGAGGUGGUGUAAGUGGUUUGCACGGGCCUCGUUUUCUGGGCUGCUGCUGUUUUCCAUUAUUAUGCAUGUCUUGCUGUAAAAGGUCAGAUCACCACUUCAUUUUAUCUUCGUUCAUCUCCGUUUGGACUCUUUUCUCAUGUGAAUGGUGGAACUCUGUAAAGCAGUGUUGCUGCCACUGCUUAAACCAGUCUGUUCCGCUCUGGCCGUGAGUUUUAAACUGGGUUCGGAUCAGGGCGCUCACUCCUCCCGUGAGCGGCGGGACUGUGAGGGUGAGCUCCAGCACUCAGGAUGGUUCUAUGUGUGUUUUCAAUAAGCAGUCAGAUCUCUGAUGUUAGAAGCACGUACGGCCUCGCCUCCAGCGGACGUCUAAUCAAAUCUGGCUCUGAUCGGCUUCAAAUGAACGGUGAACUAAUCAUGUUCCAAAGCUUCCAUGUUUUGCUGUAAAUACGUGACGGUGGAUCCUCUGAAUUAUGAGGACACAUGUGACAGUCAAGUGGCCGCUAUCAACAUAUCAAACCAGCCAGCUUUGUCCACUGUAUUCGGUGGAAUCCCUAUUUAAUGGGAACUCUACAGCCCUCAGUCCAGAAAGUGACCUGAUUGUCCAGGGACUGGUGGCUGGGAUUAGAUAAAGAGGUCAGACGUCCCUGUAAGGGGUCAGGUUUUGUCCACUCAACACGUAUUAACCUGCUGACCUGUGCACUGCCUGUAUACUGCGUAUCAGAGCGGCCUUUUCUACUUCUCUAUUUUUUUAAAACUCUUUCGUGAUCUUUUUAUGAGAAUCAAGAAUAAAGUCUUGGGAUAUUUUCAGA